GUUUUCAUCCCAGUUAAAAAAAGGCCAUUCAUGCAGUUGCAGCCGAGUACGAUAAGGAAAAGACGUUUUCAGUUGCGCUAAAUAUUUUUGUAUCAAACUUGAAAACAUGAAGAAUUUAUUUGUGUUUGGAUUUCUUUGCGUAUUGGCUGUUUCAACCUUCGCCCAAAUAACGAGCCCAGAACCAACUACUGAACCAGCUUCUGAACCAACUACUGAACCAGCUUCUGAACCUGAAUCGACAUCGACAUCGGAGCCUGAAUCGACAUCGGAGCCUGAAUCGACAUCGGAGCCGGAAGGUGAAACAAAAGCUGAGCCCGAAGUUGAACCCGAAGUUGUGUAUGGUAUUCUAGGAGCUUUGCUUGCCUGUUUUGUCAUCAUCUCGAUUUUGUUCUUUUUCUUAUGGAGACAAGCAAAAAGCGUUCAGUUUACUGGUGAUAAAGCUAUACCAGUAAAAAAUUACAUGGCUUAAGAAAUCUAGACAUGAUUCUUCAUAUCCACCAAAUUCGACGGACGCUUCUCGUAAAGUUUUUUAUUAAUAUUUUUUAAUAAUUCAUAAUUACAUUUGUCAUAAUUUAUUGUAUAUAAAUAUAAAUACUAAAAAAAAGUUCAUCAUUCAUUCGUAA